UACAAACCACGCCGUAGAAAUUUGGCGGUUAACCAGUUGCACGCGGUUGAUUGUCCUUAAAAAAGGGGUUACGUGAAAUAAGUGAUUCGAUAAGAGGUCAAAGUUGACUUAAACCCGGUGUGAAAGUGUUUGCAGCAGGUGAUAAAGUGUUCAGGAACUCAAAAAUGGCACUUCAUACGCCAAAGCGUCCUCGUCCUCUUGCUGAGAUGUUACCUUCUAGUCCACCCAUGAACUCGCUCUUCCCCUGGAACUGGAGCGAAGAAGCCAGAAAUGCUGUAACCUCUUCUCCAGGAAGUUCCUGCUCGUCGCCCGAAUACACAUCCGGAAGAGGCGGACCUGGUGCAAGAAGUAGAGGUUCAGAAAGUCAUCGCCGAGGGCGACCCCGAGCAGAUAUUUUGACAAAUUUAAUGCUGCAGGGCAGCACUUCGCCCUCUUCUAUAAAAUGCACCUUCUGCAACAGAGUCUUCCCCAGAGAAAAGAGUCUCCAGGCACAUCUGCGAACGCAUACAGGUGAGCGUCCCUAUCCCUGCGACUAUCCCGGAUGCACAAAGGCGUUCACUCAAUCCGGUCAGCUGAAAACCCACCAGCGACUUCACACUGGCGAAAAGCCCUUCCUCUGCACUGAAUCCGGCUGCGAAAUGCGAUUCACCCACGCGAAUCGACACUGUCCGGAUCAUCCCUACGCGACAUUAACGCGUUCCGACGAUUUUGUCCUGAAACCCGUUUCCGAAAACAGCGAGUUGUCCCACGAAGUUGCCCGCUGGCUCGAGCGCUACCGGAUCUCGCGAGAACGGGAAGACAGAACACCAACGGGAAAAAGCGACCAGAAGAUCAAGUGCUGGAAGGGCAACACGGAAUUCUACAGACGAGGGGGGAAAUUCAAGAAGGGCUUGAUGAUGGACAGUGCCGGGGAGCAGGAGAACCUGGACCGGAAGCCAUUGAGCAAGAGGCUCUACUGUGGCGAGAGUCAGGAUAGUCAGGAUGAGAGCCAGGAUGAGGAUCCUGCGGAAGCUUGCACGAUGCUCCAAAUGUCGGAGGAUGAUGAGCCUUCGGUGACGAAAAUUCCCACGACACCUUCCCGCCGACCUCUCGACAGACUUCAGCCGAAGAAACGGUGGCUACGGGAGGCCUGUUUGGAGCAGCAACUCGCCAAACCUCUCAGAUGGGAUCUUCAGUCUUCGGCGCUUUCGCCCAAUUCUACCUCGGAAUUGAAGAUGCUCCAGCGGGCAGAGGACGCGUCGAAUCUCUCCAAAGAGUGGAGUCUUUCUGCCUCGAGUUCGCCUGAAAAACUAGUUGCAGAAGCUGUAGAAAAACCGGUGGAAUCCUACGUGGAAAAUCAGCUCUGCUGGGACCUAGGAAUUGCCUCAAACGUCUCGUUGAGCUACGUGGAAGUUUCCGAAGGAAGAAAUAGUAGUACCUCGUCCGCUCGCAACUUGGAGCGAGAAUUCUGGGAGCCUGGCAGCGAAUCUGUUGGCAAUCCCAAUUCCAAUAAGGCGGGUGCUGUUGUCACUCCAGUUGCUGAACAGGUAACGAAUAAAGUCCCAAGCUCCACCUGGAAUAUGAACCUGCCGAGUGGAAUUUUAAAUUCCCGAUGCGAGUCUUCGCCGCCGCCGCCGUCCACGAUUGAUUUGGUCGGCGAUAAAUCAUCUCCGGUGAGCGCAUCUCUAACCGAAAACGAGACCCGACCGACUGUUUUGAUGCUGGCUGGUUCAGUUUGCAACAAAGUCAACAAUAGUCCACAGUCGCCGAGCACGAGGUUGAAUAAUAAUGAGGCGAAAGUUGUGGUGAUUCAUCAAAAGGAGGUUUUGAAUUUGCCUGCGCCUGAAGACAAUCAGAAAUGGCUGGGCGCCCUGGCGCUGAUGGAAUUGGCUAAGACUCAGGAAGAGGAAGCUGUGAAGGCGCUCACUUUUAGAAGAGUCAUCGAAUCCUGCGAUAAUAUUAAUUACAUUCAUCUCUAAAUCGUUGACUGUGAUUUUUUAAAAAAGACAUCCGAUUCUCUCGUCUGAUAUUCAGAGCAAGAGAUUUUGAUGCUGAUUUUAGUUUUAUUAACAAGCCUCUGCUUUCAGUUUUCGUUUUUCGGGAUCAUUUUACUCUGUCCUUGUAAAUUAUUUCAAGCAUUUCAAACGCAUUUACAGAUCUAGUUUCUGUAGAAAAAGAAGAAAUAAUAUUAAUAUUAAUAAUAAUAUUGAUAAGGUGACUUCUUUCUGUAUUAAUCCGAGUGGAUUGUACAUCUGGGAAAAUAUUUUUUUUUUAAAUGUGAGCAACUUGUGACAUUUCUACAGAAUAUGCAGUUUUUUUGUUUGUUUAGUAAUAAAACGUGUCGAAUGUGUAAAAAGGACCUUUGUGUGAUACUAAGUAAUAAAGAUGGAAGGUGUCGCGGGUAUGAAAGUUUUUCGUAGAUAAUAUUGAAAAUUCGAGUUUGUAGAGUAACAUAUUUAAGCGAAACGAAAGUUUACUAUUUAUGAAAAGUGUGAUAAAUGUAAAGAAAGCUUAAUGAACGAGACCUCUAUUAUUAUCGUCAAGUUCAGUUGAGGAUUAAAAUGUUCAAUGGUAGCUCCUUGCCUUUUUAAGAAUUGUAAAUUACCAUAAUUGUUUUAUGGUAUCCCAAGUUUUUUCCUUUUAUAUCGAGU